CUUCGAUCUCACUCUUUUCCAGAUCGUCGGCGCGCAAUCUUCCUUUCGCCUUCCUUUCGACCUGCAAACUUUCGACUCAAAGCGGCCGGUCUACGCUCUCUCCACGUUUAUAUGCGGGGUUACAAAUCAUCCACUUGAAUCCUCUACCGUACUCUCACCAUCUGCCUUUUUGAUUGAUCAGGAGUUUGUCAGCGAGCGCAGACUUUGUCUCUCUGCUCCAAGUUAUCGACUUUGUCGAUAGCACCUUUUUCUUGUCUAGCAAACACCUCAUUAACAGUCGCAGCCAUGUCUUGGAAGCUCACCAAGAAGUUAAAGGAAACCCAUCUGGGUCAAUCCUUGAGCCCCUUUUCUCGAUCACCGUCCACUUCAACCAUCACCGAUAAAGAGAAGGAGGCUCAAGCCAGCGGUGCCGUCACACCCACGACCGAAAGUGCCAUAGCCGCCUCUGAGGCCAUGACACAGUCUCCCGUAGUCAAGCCACCCAAGCCCGGUAUCCUCGUCGUUACACUCCAUGAAGGUCAAGGAUUUUCCCUCCCCGAGCAGCACCGAAGUGCAUUUGCUUCAUCACACCAAGGAUCGAUGUCCUCUGGAAGCGCCAUUUCCGGUUCUGUUCGACCCGGCUCCUCACAACGCACUGCCGGAUUUUCCAACGGAAGGCCGCAGUCGUCUGCUGGUGGUUUCAACGGUAUCCCGACCAACCACGGCAGAAUUUCUGGCAAGUACAUGCCGUACGCCCUCCUCGAUUUCGACAAGGUCCAGGUCUUUGUCAACUCGGUCGACGGAAACCCCGAGAACCCCCUUUGGGCUGGCGGCAACACCCAAUACAAGUUUGAUGUUUCAAGAGUGACAGAGCUCGUCAUCCACCUGUACAUGCGCAACCCGACGGCACCACCCGGAUCCGGUCGAAGCCAGGAUAUCUUUUUGGGUGUCGUACGCAUCAACCCCCGAUUCGAAGAGCGACAGCAGUACGUCGAGGACCCCAAGGCCAGCAAAAAGGAUCGCGAGAAGGCGGCUGCCGAAUUCGCAGCGCGUCACGGCCACCAGGGUGCCGAGUGGGUUGACGUGCAGUACGGAACCGGAAAGAUCAAGGUCGGUGUUGACUACGUCGAGACUCGAGCAGGCAAGCUCAAGAUUGAGGAUUUCGAACUUCUCAAGCUGGUCGGCAAGGGCAGUUUCGGUAAGGUCAUGCAGGUGCGCAAGAAGGACACGAACCGAAUCUACGCCCUCAAGACAAUCCGCAAGGCACACAUUAUCUCGCGGUCUGAAGUCGCCCACACACUCGCCGAACGGUCCGUGCUGGCACAGAUCAACAACCCCUUCAUUGUGCCACUAAAGUUCAGUUUCCAGUCACCAGAGAAGCUCUACUUUGUCCUGGCGUUUGUUAACGGAGGUGAGCUGUUCCACCACUUGCAAAAGGAGCACCGAUUCGACGUCAAUCGAUCACGCUUUUACACUGCCGAACUUCUCUGUGCUCUGGAAUGUCUGCACGGCUUCAGCGUGAUCUACCGAGAUCUCAAGCCCGAGAACAUUCUCCUCGAUUACCAAGGUCACAUCGCUCUGUGCGACUUUGGUCUUUGCAAGCUUGACAUGAAGGAUGAGGACCGAACCAACACUUUCUGCGGUACUCCUGAGUACCUGGCGCCUGAGCUGUUGAUGGGUCAAGGUUACAACAAGACAGUCGAUUGGUGGACCCUUGGUGUUCUGCUCUAUGAGAUGUUGACGGGUCUGCCACCCUUUUAUGACGAAAACACCAAUGAGAUGUACCGCAAGAUUCUAUCGGAGCCUCUUCAUUUCUCGGAUGUGGUUCCUCCAGCUGCCAAGGAUCUCCUCACCAAACUUCUCAACCGUAACCCCGAGGAGCGACUGGGAGCCAACGGCUCAGCUGAAAUCAAGGCGCACCCCUUCUUCCAUGCUAUUGACUGGAGGAAGUUGCUUCAGCGCAAGUACGAGCCCACGUUCAAGCCUAGUGUGGCCGACGCUUUGGACACAACCAACUUUGACCCCGAAUUCACAUCUGAAGCGCCCCAAGAUUCCUUUGUUGAUGGCCCCAUGCUGUCACAGACUAUGCAGAACCAAUUCCAAGGCUUCAGCUACAACCGACCAAUUGCUGGACUUGGAGAUGCUGGCGGCAGUGUCAAGGAUCCGUCGUUUGUCGGUAGCUUGACAGAUAACCGAUAAAUCUUGCAAAAGACGGAAGGCAGACGUUAGACAGCGAGCAGGCUCGAGUCUGGGCUGGCUUGACUCACCCAGGCAGGAUACCAGUCUUUGUCAGUCAAAAGAGCCAUGUAACUGGAGAGGUGGAGUUGCGAGGAACAGGUAUAAGCAAUGAGAAGCACAGCACAGAACAGAACAGUCUGGGAGAACCUAGAGGAUGGGGAUGGGGG